UCUCGUUCCUCAAGCCUAUCUGAAUUUCCGUCGAUGGAUAAUUGUAAGGCUAUUAUGAGACUACUGCAACAGCAAUCUUUGAAAGCAUCUCUUCUAUAUUUCCAUCCCGUGAUCUUUUCUGUUUCUGUGUUCACCAUUUUCAUGAGAAGGCAGUGUGUAUCAUCUCCAAGGGAAAAUUCCAUUAACUAGGCAGCAGGAGAACACUGAAGUCACUCCAUCACUGCAGGACUGGCUAAUGCUCUCAGCAUGGAUUUAACCACUGAUGACUGUUAUGAAGCAGGGGAUCAAGUGGAUGCUCAGAUAUUAGAGGGAGUGACAAAUAACACAGAAGACAUGGACCGUGUGAACAGGAACGCGUCCGAUCAUGGACGACAAACACAUCAGGUGCUACAGAGCACUCCUCUGGACCUGAUAGAGACGGGAAAGGGGCUUAAGGUUCAAGCAGAACGCCCCCAUCUGGUCAGUCUUGGGAGUGGCCGACUCAGCACAGCCAUCACGUUGUUGCCCCUGCCCGAAGGGAAGACCACACUGGGCCAUGGAGCCGUGGACAUCAACAUCCAGGGUCCUGGAGUUGCAGCCCAGCACUGUUUCAUUGAGAACAAAGCUGGAAUAAUCAUCCUAAACCCCUGUGGAAAUCAGUGUAGCAUGGACGGACUUCCAGUAUUCAAGCCUGUACGCUUGUCUCAAGGCUGUAUGCUGUGUUUUGGCCAGUCGUCCUUCUUCCGCUUCAACCACCCUGAAGAGGCUUUCAGAAUGAAGAGCAUGAGGACAGAAGGACCGCUGAGAACCAGCACUAAUAAAGACUCCGAGAGCCUGGUCAAUGGGAACCACCAGUCAGGAGGACCCGAGUCUCACCCAUCCAGACAGGAGAGAGUGCGUCCUGAGCACAGCGCUAUUGUCAGUUCCAUCGAAAAGGACCUUCAGGACAUUAUGGACUCCUUAGUCAUGGAUGAUCCCCUGCCAUCUUCCUCCUCCUGUGACCUCAAUAAGCCAUCCGGUCCCCCUGCUGCUCAGUCUCCGCUGUCCCCCAUGUUAAACGGAGGUGGCCGAUAUCUCCUCUCACCCCCCACGAGCCCUGGUGCUAUGUCAGUGGGCUCCAGUUAUGAGAAUAACUCGCCGCCCUUCUCCCCUCUGUCCUCGCCCUCAGCUGCAAGUACUGGGAGCUUCAACAGCCCCUCACCGAGUGGUUGCCAGGACCAGAUUCCUUCUCUCCCUCCAGUACCGGUCAGGUCCUCCAGUUACAAUUACACGAGUCAGCCACCCAUACCUCAGCCUCGGACUAUGCUGCCUAACCCGAAGGUGCCUGAGAGCCCUCGGCUCCAGAGAAAGGCUCUGCUGGAAGCCCCUCCAAGCCCUAAGCCAGCUCGCCGGGGGCUGAGUCAGGAUAGCCCUGUUGGGAAGUCUCCAGACAGCUCUCGACUGCCCCCAAUGUUGCCUUCAGUAUCUAGUGAUGUGUCGUCUAUCAGGCUAGCAGUACCAACCAGCCCAAAAUUCACUCCCAAAUUCACCACCGCAUCAUCUUCGUCCCCUCCUUGUAGUCCCAGGGUAAAAAUGACUAGCAGCCUACAGGAUCAUCCAUCCAGUGUGUUUCAUGAUCAGUCCGAACGCUCACUCACUUCUAGCCCUUCCCAGCUUCUCUCUCCUCCUUCUCGGGCAUUCCAGCCCCCACUGGACCCAAUUGUACACAUAAUCCAGGGUGGACAGCCACAGACCCACUCACUUCAACCUCCAGAAAGUCCUCGGCUGGCCCGCAGGAACUUGGAGGCUGGCUGUAGCAGCAGCGUGAGGGAUCUCCCACCUCUCAGCCCCUCCCUGGCACGUAGAGGAGUACCAGUACUGCCAGGUGCACUACCAGGAACACUUCCAACCUGGUCCUCGGAGAGCCCAACCACCAAGAUAGUUCCAGAAAGUCCCAGACACAGACGCAAGGCUUCCUCUCCCUCUCAGGAACUAUACAGUCCCCGGCUAGUGCGCGCCCGCAGCCCCUCUCCCACCUCAGAUAAUGGUGGACGCAAAGGAAGCUUUGGGAACACUUUAUCUCCUGCCUUCAGCCUGGGCUCCCUUCCUGGAUCCUCACCCUUAGCUAGUCCCAGGAACCAAAGGAAGAUGUCAGCAGGUCACAGGGACCUACGGAUUGGCCACCCAGGCAUGAGGGAGCGCAAGAAUAGCAUCACAGAGAUCAGUGACAACGAAGACGAGUUACUGGAAUACCACCGGCGCCAGCGUGAGGAGCGUCUCAGGGAGCAGGAGAUGGAAAGACUGGAACGGCAGCGGCUGGAGACCAUCCUGAACCUGUGUGCCGAGUACAAUAAGAACGACGUUCCGAGCAUGAUGGGGGUCUCCAGGCCCUCAGUGACGCAGAGACGGCGGGAGAGUGACGAGGAGAAUCUGAGAGAGGAGUGUAGCAGCACAGAGAGCACACACCAGGACAGGAGGACGCCCAACAACCUGCAGAAUGGAGACAACACACAGCUGGAGGAGAUGCCAGGCAGUGGAACAAGGCUGGAACUGAGUUAUCUGGAGGAGGAACGGGUGCGAGUGCUGGCGAGGGUUGAUGAGCUGAAGACUCGGCUCACGGAGCUGGAACAGCAGCUACAGGAGAACAAACAGGAGGCGGACAUGGAAAGGGCCUUGCUACAGGGUGAGAGGGAGGCGGAACUUGGCCAGAUCGAGACAGAGACUGACAUCAUCACCCAGCUGCAGCACAAAGUCAACGAACUGGAGAACACCUUCCAGAGGGAAAAGGACAAGGAAAGGGCGAACCUUGACAGCCAGCGGGAAGCCCUGGAGAGGCUUCAGGAUGGCUACAAUGAGCUGAAGAGCCAGCUGCAUAACUGCCCUGAGUCUCUAAGGGAACAGUUGCAGGAGCAACUCAAAAGGGAAGCAGAGACCCUGGAGGCUGAGAUGAAGCAGUUCGAGGACCUGGAGUUCCAGCAGCUGGAGAAGGAGAGCAGUCUGGAGGAGGAGAGGGAGACGAUUUCCCAGCAGCUAUUGCAGGAGAGAGCUCAGUAUCAGAGCAGUGUGGCUAAGAGAAAGGACAAGGUAGCAGCUCUGGAGAAGCAGGCUAAUCAGCUGGGCCUUCAGGCUGCACAGGAGUGUGAGAAGCUGGCUAAAGACAGGAGCGUCACGCUACAACUGCUUCAGAAGGAGAAGGAGAGGCUGGCUGGUCUGGAGAAGAAAUACUUCAGCUUAACUGGAGGCAGGACUUUUCCCAAAGGCUCCAGCACAUUAAAAGAGGACUAUGUUACGGUGGGCCAAUUAAACCAGAUCUAUGGGAUGCCGAAGGUGGAUUCCUCCCCCACCUCUCCUGCCCAAUUGCGUCGUCCCACCUUCACCGAGCCUGCCUUUUCCUGUCUUCCUUCCCCUCAUGGCUCUUCUCUUUCUCUCUGUUUUGAGGGUCAGCCGGAGCGGCUUAGGCCCCAGAUCCCCAAGCUAGAUUUAGAGCGCUGGUACCAGGAGGUGAUGGCGGCUGUAGAUCCCAGCCAGCUGUGCCCGCCUCCUCUCCCGGCUAAAGCUCACUCGGCACACAGACCUCUGCAGGUGUACCGCUCCAGGCUAGACAGCGACGCCAGUCAAUCCUCACAGAAGCCAAAAGUGAGUGCCGGACUUUCCCCCCCUUACACCACGGCAACACUCGGCCGCAACACUUCCUCCAGGAGUCCCCUCAUGGUGGCCAGUAGCACCGGGAGUCUCCCCCGCAACCUCGCAGCCACUUUACAGGACAUUGAGAUGAAGAGACAGCUAGCACUGCAACAGAAAGACUACUUGCCAUCAUCGCCUGAGUUCUCCACCAUGGACAGUCCCACAGGUCAGCAGGUAAUCGAGGAGCAGCGACGGCGUCUGGCAGAACUGAAGCAGAAGGCUGCAGCCGAGGCUCAGUGCCAGUGGGAGGCGCUGCACGGCUCUCACACGCAGCUCAGCAGCUCUCCAGCUCCUCCGCUGGUCCAUCACUCCAUCCUGCACCACACAGCACCCUCUGCUGGAGAGGACAACUACGACACGCUCAGCCUGGAGAGCUCGGACAGCAUCGACACCAGCGUGUCCACCAGCAACAACUCCGCCUGCUCGCCGGAUAACAUGUCCAGUGCGAGUGGUAUGGGUGCGCUGAAAAUCGAAGAGAUGGAGAAGCUGCUGAAGGAGGCUCACCUGGAGAAGGCCAGACUCCUCGAGUCCAAGGAGCGAGAGAGCCAGGCACGUAAACAACUGCUGGAGGAGGAGAGGAAGAGGAGGGAGGAGGCUGAGAAGAGGCUGCAGGAGGAGACGGUGCACCGACAGCAGCUCAUCGAGAAGGAGGUGAAGAUGAGAGCGAAGAACUUCUCUCAGGCUCGGCCCAUGACGCGCUACCUGCCCAUCCGCAAAGAGGAGUUUGACCUGCGCUCGCACGUGGAGUCGUCGGGUCACAACGUGGACACCUGCUACCACGUCAUCCUGACGGAAAAGAUGUGUAAGGGCUACCUGGUCAAAAUGGGAGGAAAGAUUAAAUCGUGGAAGAAGCGCUGGUUCGUCUUCGAUCGCCUCAAACGCACCUUCUCCUACUACGGCGACAAGCAUGAGACCAAGCUGAAAGGAGUAAUCUAUUUCCAGGCCAUUGAGGAAGUUUACUACGACCAUUUACGCAGUGCAACAAAGAGUCCCAACCCUUCCCUGACCUUCUGUGUGAAGACCCACGACAGACUGUACUACAUGGUGGCUCCGUCUGCAGAGGCCAUGCGGAUCUGGAUGGACGUGAUCGUAACAGGAGCGGAGGGCUACACGCAGUUCAUGAACUAAAGUCAUACGAGGACAAAAUGAGGUCAAGCGCUUGCUCCAGGGAAACUUCGAGUGACUUGUCCUCCUGUUUACCGGCUCGAUUGAUUCCUACUGAGGGAGAAAAAAAAGCCUUUUUCUUUUUCUUUUAUAUCUUUCCUUUUACUAAGUUGUAUAUUCAGCUCGGUUGUACAGUUGUCAGACGGUCUUCUACACCUGCCUGGAUUUAAAAAGGGAUUCCUACAAGAUUAAAAAAAAAAAAAACAGAGAAGCAAUUAAUUGUUGAUUGUUUAGGCCAACAGACAUCUCUCACUGACAUUUUUCUUUUAAACUUUUUUUUUUUGUUAUUUUUAUUUAUUUUUUUGCAUAAUUUUAUUUCCCAACCCAUUUUUUAUUUAUUUAUUUGGGUUUUUUUUUUUGCCAUUUUUUAUUUUUAUUUUUUUGCAUAAUUCUAUUUCCCACCCCCCCUUUUUUUUAAAAAUUCAUUUAUUUGUUUUUGUUUGUUAUUUUCUGUUUUGUCCCCCCCAUAAUUUCGUUUUACAACUCCUUUUUAUUUAUUAUUUUCUUUUUUAUUAUUUUUUUAUUAUUAUCUUUCUUAUUAUUUUUCCCCAUAAUUUAAUUUUAUUUUUUUUAAUUAUUUUGCAUAGUUUUUUUUUUCCCUAACCCCAUUUUUUGUUUUUUGUUUUUUUGCUUAUUUUUUUAAAUUUUUAAAUAAAUAAUUCUUUUUCUUCUAUCGUCUCUAGAACUUUCUCCACAUUUCGAAUGUGGUUGAUCCAUCUGACUGGCCUUUUUUUUUUUUUUUUAAAUAUUUAAUUUUAAUUUUGUUCUUUUUUUCUUCUCCUCUCGUCUCUAGAACCUUCUCCACAUUUAUCGUGGGAGAGCCAAAUGACGUCAAGCCAUUCUGAACUUUUUCUUUUUUAUAUAAAUUAAAAUGAUUUGAACCUCACAAUACGAGCGGCUACGGAUAUUCGGAUCGUACCUGUAGUGAUGUUUAAAGCAAAUGUAUCACAGUAGAUUUUUUUUAAUGAGAAUUUUAAGAAAAACGAAUACCCAAUUUCACAGAAACUAGAACCUCAAUCACCAAAGCUCAUUGAACAACUGUUUCACCUGCAGUCCUUCUGUAUACACCCUUUUUGUUUAACCUCACCUGUAUUUACACACACACACACACACACACACACACACACACACACACACACACACACACACUCACUGUAUUUGAGAGUCUAUUUGCCAAGUCCUGACUUCAACCCCAGCCUUCACUUCUGAAAGGAAGCAGCCAUCUUCAGUACACUGCCACCUGAAGGCUCUCGGUGGACGAACAUCAUUAAACAACAAAACCAACACUAACCAACUUAACCUUCAUAUAAUAAUGCAAAUCAUUCAGUGCCUUGAUAUUUCUCCACAUUUCAUCACUGCAAUACUGUUGUGAGAAACCUGCAGGACCACGAAAACACCAGAAAUACCGUACAAACACUGUUUACUUAAAAAUGUAUUUUUAUUCUCGAAAGAGAUCUGUUAUUGUGAAUAUUCAUAACGGUUUGCACAAGGCAUGCAGUCAGGAUGACGGGAAAGUGAGAUGUAAACAAUUUAUCAGCUCCAAAAAGGAAAAACAAUCGGAGGUAUUAGCUUUUUGGAAUGAAUAGAUGUUGAAUUUCUUUAUGGAGAGAUCAGAAUAAUAAAUCUGUCUUUGCUCAUGUUCAACAAUGCUGUGAUUUAAAAAAAAUAAUAAUAAUCUUGUUUGGAAAGUGUUUAUAAAAUGUUUUUCUAUUUUAUAUUGUUCUAUGCGAGCGUUUUCCCCGAAAUCCCUCUCUGCAUGCAUCUAAAAUGACACUUCCGAUUAUUUUGCUAAUAUUUUUAAUUUUUUCUUCUUUUUUUUCUUUUUUUUGGACCCCUCUGGAAAUCCGACUCCGUUCAGUGUUUUAUUUCUUUUUCAGUGUUCUGUUGUGUGCACAUGGAGAACCAAACCGUACUAAGACGCGCCACAUGCAUACAAAAAAAUAAUAAUAAUGAUGCAUAAAUUCUGUUUAUCUGUUAUUUUGUUCCUAACACACACUUACACAUGCUGACACUAUGAUAUAAUAUGAUGGUACUGUUCAUGUGGCACUUUAGAUGGAUUUCAUGGAAUUUUUUCAGGUUUAUUAAAAAAAAAAAAUCUAUAUAGAAAUAGAAACCUUUCCGUUCUUUUUGGGGGUUUUUUUUUUUCUUCUCUCUUGUUGAAUAAAAUAAUUUUAUGCAGCAUUUCAGAAACCACUUGGUUACACAGGAGGCGGUGGGGUGAGAGCUGCGGGGGCUGGAGGGGGGACACAGCCGUGACAUCCUCGGUUAUUUCGGAUCUAACAGAACUGCAGUGACACUAUAAGUCAUUACCACAGCCCUAAUGAUUUAAUUAUUUAUUUUUUUAAAUUUAAUAAAAUGAAGUGACGUGUGAUAUGAAACUUUUAUCUCUUCUCGCUCCGGUGCGUCUGAAAGAGCGACGUUUUUGGCGCACACUCUUUGUGCGCACGUGAGGAUUGUGGGGGAUUUUUUAGCGUGUGAAAGACACUUUUUCUUUUUGUUUUUUAUCCUUCUUUUUAAUAAGUUGUAAGUUUUUUCUACUCCUGCCUGGAUUUAAAAAGGGAUUCCUACAAAAUUUAAACAAACAAACAACAAUUGUUUAGGCCAAAAGACUCACUUUUGACCCCCCCCCCCCUUCAUCAAAUGACAAUUUAUUUUAUUUUCCCUGCUAUCGUCUCUCGAACUUUCUCCAGAUUUAGAAUGCAGUAGAGGCAAAUGACGAUUAUUUUAUUUAUUUUUUUUUUAAUUUAUUUUAUUUUAUUCUCCCCUUUUCGUCUCUAGAAAUUUCUCCACAUUUAGAAUGUUUUAGAGCCAAAUGACUGGACUUUUAGUUGACUGGAGUUUUUGGGGUUUUUUUUCCUCUCAUCCCUAGAACGUUCUCCAGAUUUAGAAUGUGGUAGACUGGAUUAUUUUAUCAGCCCCCCACCCCCCUUUUCGUUUGUAGAACUUUCUCCAGAUUUAGAAUGUGGUAGAGCCCAAAUGACUGGAAUUUUUUGUUUGUUUGCUUUUGUUUGUUUUUUUGUUUUUUUCCCUUUCGUCUCUAGAACUUUCUCCACAUUUGGAAUGCGGUAGAGCCAAAUGAUGUCAAGCCAUUCUGGACUAAUUUUUAUGAUCAAUUAAAAUGAUUUAAAUUCCACAAUACGAGCGGUAUUGUGUAUAAUAAGAGAUUUUUAUUUUUUUCCCUCCCAUUGUCAGGCACUUUAUCUGUUCUCGCUCCGGUGCGUCUCAGAGCGCAGUGGUUUACACUCUUCUGUACACGUGAAGAAUGUGUUUUUAGUGUGUAAAAGACAGUAUUGUUUACAGAGGGGGAGCAUUUUAGCAUUUCUA